UAACUUCCCUUCAAAAAUUGGCGGAACCAUUCAUGUGCUGGCUCUGUUUCCGCGGGACAAUUUUGAGGUUGGAGUUCUUCACACCGGGCUGUUUUCCAUUUCGCAGCACCAUGCCGACUGACACGAAACGUGUUCGCGGUCCUGAAGUUUCCCAAAGCCCGUCACUGUUUUUGUGUAAGCCGACAGUGGUUCCCCCUCCGCAUGGCCGCAGAGCGGACGGUCGGCAGCGGGAUCAGGUGGACGUCCGGCCGGUGUUCGUCCGCUGUGGGCUGGUGAGCCAGGCUAAAGGCUCCGCGUACAUCGAGGCUGGAAACACCAAGCUCAUGUGCUGUGUUUACGGCCCCAGAGAGACAGAGCGCAAAGAUGAGACAGAUAUGAAAUGUGGAAGGUUGACUACCGACAUGCGUUUUGCUCCAUUUUCCUGCCCGGAGAGGGGGUCUUGGAUUCAGGGAAGUCAGGACAAGGAUUUCUCUCUGAUGCUGCAUGAGAGUUUGCAGCCGGCUCUGUGCCUCCACAAAUAUCCCCGCUCUCAGAUCGAGGUCAACGUGAUGGUCCUUGAAAACAGCGGUUCAGUUCUGGCCCAUGCAGUCACAUGUGCCUCCCUUGCUCUUGCAGACGCUGGUAUUGAAAUGUAUGAUCUGGUGCUUGGUUGUUCCAUCCGCCAGGAUGGUGCCUCCUAUGUGGUUGAUCCCACGUACAUGGAGGAAAACAGCUGUAGCUCCGUCGGCAGUGAGAACCAGGGUCGUCUGACAGUUGCUUUUCUUCCCAGUUUAAACCAGAUUUCUGGGCUGCAGUCUGAUGGAGAAAUGACUGAAGAGACUCUGACUGCUGGGGUUCGAACCUGUAUAGAGGGAUGCUAUAAACUGUACCCGGUCAUCCAACAGGCCUUGGCUAAAGCCGUGCGCAGGGCUGCACCCCCACCAUCAGAGAGCUGAGAGACUUCUUCAGCAAUAACUACUAAAUUUAUACUUUUUCUACCUUAUAUUUUCCAGCUCUCCAAUUUAAAAUUUUCCCAUUAAAAUCUGAAAAAAAGAA